AUGUCCGCCCGCAGACUCCAAGUCGGUUGCGCCGGCCUCGGCAGGAUGGGCAAAAGGCACGCCCUAAACUUCCUGGAACGAACCCCUCGCGCCCAGCUGGUCGCCGCCAGCUCGCCUGACCCGGCUGAGCUGGAAUGGGCCAAGACACACCUCGCCCCUUUUGGGGUCAAAUUGUAUCAGAACUACGACGAUAUGCUGAAGCAGGAGGGGCUCGAGGCGGUGGUUAUCGCGAGUGCCACAAGUGUUCAUGCCGAGCAGGCGAUCAAGGGUAUGGAAGCUGAGAAGCAUGUCCUGUGUGAGAAACCGCUGAGUACCAGCGUUGAAAUUUCUCAAUCCGUCAUCGACGCGGCAGUCAAAAAACCGCAUUUGAAAGUCAUGUGCGGGUUCUCCAGGCGAUUUGAUGCCAGUUAUCGAGAUGCCGAACAGAAGAUGAAGGCUGGGUCCAUCGGAGUCCCCUCCGUGCUGCGCAGCCAGACAUGCGACAAGCUCGAUCCGACAGGCUUUUUCGUGGCGUACGCGCAGUUCUCCGGCGGGAUCUUCGUCGACUGCUCGAUCCACGAUAUCGACCUGACGCUGUGGUUCUUCGGCGCCGAAAGCAAAGUCAAAUCCGUCUCCGCGGUGGGCAAUACAGCCGUGGAACCCGACCUCCGCAAGCACAAUGAUCGCGACAACGCGGUGGGCCUGGUCGAGUUCCACGAUGGCAGGAUCGCCUAUUUCUACGCUUCGCGAAUGAUGGCCGCGGGCCAAGAAGAUACCACGGAAAUCAUCGGCACGCGCGGCAAAUUGACCGUAAACUCGCAGCCGGCGAUCAACCACGUGCAUAUCUAUGACGAGACGGGCGUGCGCAGGGAGAUCCCCCAGCAUUACUAUGACCGCUUUGAGUAUGCAUUCGUCACGGAGGCGAACGAGUUCACCGCCGCUUGUCUGGAUAACACGCCGCUGCCCCUUGAUCUGGAGUCUGCGGUGAAAGCUGUGCGGAUUGGCGCUGCGCUGCAGGAGUCGUUGAUUACGGGGAAGAAGAUAUUUUUUGACCUCCAGGGGAACCGGACUGAGGUUGCACACCUUUAG